UUAAAGUAGAAGAGGAAAAAAAACUCACUGCCCUUGGUUCAGUGGCCUUGACCUGGAUUGCAGCAUGGCCUACACAGACUAGAGCUGCAGUUUCUCAGAUAGUCGCUCUGAGCCACAGGCUGACACACAGCCUGGGGCAGGUGGAAUCUUUGGAAAAUUUAGCUGAUAAAUUUUAAAAAAUGUCUCUCCUGAAUGUGUCCAAACCGUUUUUUCAGAGUUAUAACUUCACCGUAUCUGAGCAUGUGUUUUACAGGGUCAGCACACAGAACCUCUGAGACAAAAAGUCCCCUUUUCUGACAAAUUUCAAGUCCGUCCAUCAAAGCGCACAGUUACAAUUUUUUUAAAGAAAAGGUCACUAGAAUUUGUCUUUAUGGUAAAGAAACAUAUCUCCCCUGCUUAAGUUUUCACCAAAUGUAUGAGGAAAAGCUUGGUCUGCACAAUGCAGUUUGGUUUAAUGAACAGGACACUGACUGGUGUCAAGCAACAAUGGUACCAUUCUUAAUUCUGCCACCAACCUAACACGUGACCUUAGGAAAAUCACUGCCCUUUUCUGUGCCUCUCUUUUCCUUCACACCCUUUUUCUGUCUUGUCUACUCAGACUGCUGGCUCCUGAGGAGAAUGGCUGAGACAGAGACUUACAAUGCAUGUGUUCAAUGCUUAGGACAGUGGGGCACUGAUCUCAUUUGGGGCCUCCAGGCACUAACGACAAUGAUGCAAUGAAAUGAGGUGAGCAUGAAAUGGAAGGCGCUUUCUCCAACACUAUCCUGAAAAAUAACAGAACAGAAAGGAAUUAAUUCCAAGUCGCAUUGAUUGAAAUUGACUGACCUGUCAAAGGGCCAAUGAAACGAGAAGAACAGUUAGUACCAUUUGUAUUUUAAGCUCAUGUUUUGUAUUACGUGAGCCAUAUUUUUUAUGAAGCAGCAUGCAUCUUCUACCUUUGUAGGCACAGAAGGAAGUCCAUCCCAAAGCAGAGUUUGAAACACUGCUAAUUAUUGUUCUUCAGAGCUCCCACAGUGUGCUGACUAACACCCUCCCCAUCACAAAGCUUUCACAGUCUAAUAGUAGAUGUGAUGUGACAGGUGAAAGCUGCAAACAAUAGCUGAAGAAACAGAAGUACAGGCAGACAAAAGCCCCCAAAAUAGGACCGUGUGGUUAGGUAGCUAUUACAUAAACAUCUUAUGCCACAAUCUAUUCUACAAUAUGUAAAGAAACCUCCCUCCACACAACCCACCAAAAUCCCUUUGCAGAUAAAGUCUCCCCUCACCCACACCAAAUCUUCUGUCUCUGUCCAAUGCAUGGCCUUCCCACCCCACAGCCUCCCACACCAUAGACCCUUCGCCAUCUAACCAUGCUGUCUCCACUCCACUUUACUCCCCAGGCUAGUUCUCCUGCUAGUCCUCCAUACCUGCUAAUGAUCCAGUCUCCUUCAGCUUAACUUUGCAUCCACUUUUCAUGAGACAUUUUCAGGCCCAUGGUCAGGUUUCUUCCUGGGUCUUCCCCAUGGAAGUAGAUGGCAGGAGGGAGGGCCCUGCUAUACUUUCUCAGUAAAAAGGCUCUGGAGCCUAGUAAUCUAACCUAGCAUUCUUGCAGAAAGGUCCUCCCCCUCCUUUUAUAAGCAAGAGUGCCAGCUGGCUUGUAGCAGUCAUCUUUGGUGCCCUUUUGGCCUGGAAAAGCUAUGAUGAAAGGAUUCUAGGUUUAUGAUAUCUCAUAAUAAGACUCAGCUUUUACAUCUGGUGGCUUUGGACCAGGAGACACGAGAGGAUUUCACGCAUGGUGACAUUUCUCAAAUUCAUCCAGCCAGCAAAGAAAAUGCUUCCACCCUCCUCGUACUGUGAAGGGCUUGGCCAGUGCCAUGGAGGGGGGUGUGCAGGUAUUCUUUCUCUCUUCCUAGGUAGAGCUUACACAACAUGAAUGAAAUGAAAUGAAAGGUAUCUUUCUGCUCCUCAGUGUGGCUCCCAGGGUUACAUACCUGAGGGAACACACCGAGCAGCAGGAAUAUCUGAGGAGGUCAAACAAGUUUGCUUUUUUGUUUGCUCUCGAGGCGUUCCCUUCUAUUGUUAUUUCAGGCAGAAAGGGAAGUCUCCUUGCCAUUCAUACAGGUGCAAAAGGAGAAGGGCUCAGGCCAUUUUUACUUCCCUGGGAGCACACACACUCCUGUCUUUCUUGUCUGCGGUGAGCACCUCAUUCCUCUUUUCCCUUCUAUUAUUGGAGGGUGCUGAAAUUCUCUUCACGCUCUUCAUCUUUCCUUGGUCUCUUCUUACCUUCCCCCCAGGUCUCUGGGAUCACUGAAGCCUUCUCUGCUGCAGGAGGGCAGAGCUAUGCCUUACAUCUACCAGGACUCAAGACCCCAGGCUCCCCCGCUGCCCCAGACUGCACGGGCCACACACUCCUCUGGCAAGACAUAUGAGGAGCUGAAGCGCAAGUGCCAGCAGGAGGGAAUCCUGUUUGAGGACUGUGACUUCCCAGCCACUGACUCCUCUCUUUUCUUCAGUGAGAGGCCAUCAAUCCCCUUUGUGUGGAAAAGGCCUGGGGACAUUGUUAAUGACCCACAGUUUAUAACUGGAGGAGCUACAAGAACUGACAUUUGUCAAGGGGAUCUUGGUGACUGCUGGCUAUUGGCAGCCAUAGCUUCACUUACUCUGAAUGACAAAACCUUAGCCAGAGUUGUACCUCAGGAUCAAAAUUUUGGACCUGGUUAUGCUGGAAUAUUUCACUUUCAGUUUUGGCAACACAAUGAGUGGCUGGAUGUCAUUAUCGAUGAUCGAUUACCGACUUUCAAGGGCCGCUUGGUUUUCCUGCACUCAGCUGAACACAAUGAAUUUUGGAGUGCUUUACUGGAGAAGGCCUAUGCCAAACUGAAUGGCAGUUAUGAAGCCCUGAAAGGAGGCAGUGCAAUAGAAGCCAUGGAAGAUUUCACUGGAGGAGUUGGAGAAAUGUAUGAAGUUAGAAAAGCCCCUGACAAUUUCCAUGACAUUUUAGAGAAAGCACUUAAGAAAGGUUCCAUGGUGGGCUGUUCCAUUGAUACUAGCAGCACUGCUGAGUCAGAAGCUCGAACCCCUUUCGGCCUUAUAAAAGGUCAUGCAUAUUCAGUAACUGGCAUUGAUGAGGUGAGCUAUCGGGGCCGGAAGGUGGACCUCAUAAGAAUAAGAAACCCAUGGGGGCAAGUGGAGUGGAAUGGCCCUUGGAGUGACAAUUCUUCUGAGUGGCGUUUGGUCAGCCCAUCUGAGAGGGAACGCUUAUGUCAGACCUCACUGGAUGACGGGGAGUUCUGGAUGAAAUUUGAAGACUUUAAAAGGCAUUUUGAUAAAGUGGAGAUCUGCAACCUCACACCUGAUGCACUUGAGGGCAAUGCUGCCCAGAAGUGGGAGGUGACAGUUCACCAAGGGAGCUGGGUCCGGGGUUCUACUGCUGGAGGAUGCAGAAAUUUUCUAGAGACCUUUUGGACAAAUCCACAGAUCAAGCUAUGUUUGACAGAGAAAGAUGAUGGGCAAGAUGAAUGCACAUUUUUAGUGGCUCUGAUGCAAAAGGAUCGGCGUAAACUCAAAAAAAUAGGUGCUGAAAUGCUAACAAUUGGCUAUUCUAUUUAUGAGAGCCCUAGCAAGGAUGGCCACUUGCCCAAAGACUUCUUCAGAUACCAUGCUUCCAAGGCAAGGAGCAAAACCUACAUUAAUCUAAGGGAAAUCUCUGAUCGAUUCCAGCUGCCACCUGGGGAUUAUGUUCUUAUUCCUAGCACUUUUGAGCCACACCGGGAAGCUGACUUCUGCCUGAGAAUCUUCUCUGAGAAGAAAGCCAUUACCCAGGAUCUGGAUGAAAAUGUUGCCAUUGAUCUCCCAGAACCCCCUAAUCCAGCCAUAACCCAACAGGAAACUGACGAGGAAAAACAAUUCCGGGCACUGUUUGAACAAAUUUCAGGAGAGGACCUGGAGAUAUCCGCAGAGGAACUUGAAAAUGUUCUGAAUGCAGUAUUGAAAAAAACAAAGAGUAUCAAAUUCAAGAAAUUAAGCCUCAUUUCAUGCAGAAACAUUAUUUCUCUUAUGGAUUCCAGUGGUAAUGGGAAGCUGGGAUUUAAUGAAUUCAAGAUUUUCUGGGAUAAACUAAAGAAGUGGAUAAGCAUCUUUCUUCUUUUUGACUUGGAUAAAUCUGGCACCAUGUCCUCCUAUGAGCUUCGUAACGCCCUGAAAGCUUCAGGCUUUCAACUCAAUAAUUACCUGCUGCAGCUGAUUGUCCUGAGAUAUUCUGAUGAACAGUUCCAGAUUGAUUUUGACGAUUUCCUAAACUGCUUAAUUCGCUUAGAGAAUGCAAGCCGGGUAUUCCAGGAACUAAGCAUGAAAAACAAGGAAGUCGUUAAUCUGAACAUAAGUGAGUUUAUCAGCCUGGCAAUGAACAUUUGA